ACGAAACUACAAACAGAGAAAAAGAAGUAUCACUGGGGUAUCACGGUCGACUUCAGGGAAAAGAGAGCAAAGGAAAGCUAAGAUCGCGGACUGCCGAAAGAACUGGGGAAAAAAAGAGCGGCCGUGGGCGUGUCGGCGUCGAAAAAAAUGCUAGACUUAAACAUCUCGAAUGGCCCGAGCUCCCCGCUGCCGCUAGGUCGCUUGUGGGUUAGCGGCUUGCUGCUUUCCCUCGAUUUCCGCUGCUGUCGCUGUUUCUGGAACCAUCCGCACCCCACCAUUCGCUGCUGCCAACAGCGGGCAUCAUUCCCCCUCAUUCAUCACGGCCACUCGGUGUUUUAUGUCGCGCAGCAUAUCGAUGAUCGGAUCAGAGGUCCUGAGUUGACAAAACACCCAAUUUCGAGAUUCACACUCUCUUUUCUUGACUGUCAACUGCCUCGAGACUGUUGGAUCGGAUUGAUCACAAAUUGGCCAAUUCAGACAUUGAGACAUUGUUGGCUGGUGAGUAAUCGGUACGAUCCUCUGACGUCCAUGCAUUUCCAUGUCAACAAAGUCGCUCCUCUUCCCCGGGGAAGCACCUCGCUCUCGGCAGGCAAUCCCCAGAGUUACCCGGCAACCGCGGUCUUGGCAAAAUUAAGCGCAUUGUAAAGCCGACCGUCUCCUCCCAGUUGAGCCUCAACACCGGCUUCCACGACUCGGCAUCCCCGGCAUCAUCGGCGCCAGCAGUCACAGGUCGAAACCCUCCGAAUCAACUCCUAUCUUCGGCACAACCGGUAGCGGCAGUAGUGGAAGCCG